UUGAACCCAAGAUCUAGAAUAUCUAUUCUAGAUCUAGACUAGUCUUGGUCUAGAAUAUUCUAGAUCUAUUCUACUUUUGAGUUCUAGAUAUCAAGUCUACUCUAAGUCUACUUCUAGAUCUAGAUUUAGAUUGUCGAAGUCUAGAGAUCGAUCUAUGAAGUCAAGUACACUGGCUGUUCUCAGACUGUCUCUAGACUAGAAUUCUAGGUAGUGUGUCAGUCCUCGUGUCAUUGCUAUAGAUUUUGGAAGUCUCCCCCUGGGCGCGGACGCUCUAGUAAACGUGUUGUUCGGCGGCGGUUUAGAUGAUGACGUGGGUUCGGGGAAGAGAGAUGUCUGGGUUGGCAUUUGUGAGAGCAUUGGCUCUCAAUUUAAUUUAAAUUUUCUCAUAUAUUCAAACUUUGAGGUAAUAUCCAUAUCCCCACCCUAGUGCAGCGCAGUAAACUCUUUAGGAUACCGACACAGGUGAGCUAAAAAAUUAUCCGCCCCAAUGCGAGGACCCAAAUCCGCGCACAGCGCGUUAACUCUGAGCUAUCACUAGGUCCCAUUGGACCCAGUCUGCAGGAUUAAAUAGUCCACAUUUUACACAUCAGAAUAAGAAAGUCUUGUGGUUUAUAGUAUAAUGAUUUUUAAUAAACUACAGUUAUUAGUAGACCUAAUGUGUAGCAGGAAAUGAACUGUUCAGAUUUAGGAUUCUUGGAGGCAAACAGGGAUGACAGAAAACCAUGCGUCUAGUGCAGAUGCAGCAUGGCUUGGCCUAGGUCUACAAAUAUGUUACAAAUGUAACCUGAAAACCAAUGAUAAUGCCUUUUUCCAAGCACACAACUGUAAAUUCAAAAGGACCAUAACAGCAUCUAAUGUUUCUCUUCAAGAAACACCUCUGAUGAACACAACAAACACAGAGAGUACCCGUACCCCAAUAACAUCUAGUGUUUCCAUUCAAGAAACAUCUGUGUUCAACAAAACAAACACAGACAGUACCCGUGCCCCAAUAUCUUCUGUUUCUAUUCCAGAUACAUCGACGAUGAACAAAACAAACACAGACAGCACUUGCGUCCCAAUAGCAUCUGUUUCUACAGAUACAUCGGCAAUGAACAAAAUAAACACAGAAACUACCCAAACCCCAAUAGAAUCUGUUUCUGUUGAAGAAAAAUCAGUGAUAAAAAAAAAAAAAAAAAAAGUCAGACCUAAAAAACCACAGGUUGCACAAGUUUCUAAUACUGUUAUGGCAGGAAUCAGAUACAACUCACAAUCUGAAACAUACACUUGCUCUCUGUGCUGCAGGGCAGAUUUUCCUGAGCAUAACUUUCAUAGUCACCUUGAAAAACACAUUUCUGCUAUGCCUUACCAAUGCAAGUUUUGUUCAUAUACUUGUGAUACUGUUUCCCUGAUGGCUCAACACUUCAAUGAACUUCACCCCAAUAGUAUUGUCUUGUUUGAUUUGAGAAUUACAAGUCUAACAAGUGAAUUAAUCAGGAAGGCAAAACAAAAUCCUUUUAAAAUUCAGUUUUUUAAGCCAGUCAGAUACGAUGUUUUCAGUGAUAAAAUGUUGGCAGUUCCGGUUUCACAGAACUCUAGCCCAUUCGUUGCUGCAAGUUACCCUGCUGUAUCUGAAGUGGCUUCUCAAAAUGUUGUUUCACAAAAUAUACCUGGUCAUUUACUUCUCAGUUCCCCACUAUUAACUCAAGCGCUGGCUCCACAGGCUUGUAUAUCAAAUCCAUCAUCCGGACUAACCAGCGCCAUGAACAUGGACUCUAUGCCAGCAGCAAGUCUUUCUGGCUUUAGGAACUUUGAAGUGAGCCAACAAAGCUAUCAUCAAACACCAGCUGUCUACUCAUAUCCACAUUUGAGAGUUAUUAACCAUCCAAUCAGCAUGACACAGCUCAGCAAUCAAAAUUCAUUGGGCUAUAACUUUGGAUUAGUGCCAUCUGCACCUACAAUAACAGCUGCACAUGCCAAUGUUGUGGGCGGUAGCUCUAGCAAUCCUGUACUGGCAUCUCAGUCGGAAGAAUGUGAUGAUGGCAUUUCAAACAUUGUCAUCAGUUCUGUUGUUAGUUUAAGUAAUGUAGAAGAUUCUGAUAUUGCUCAUGUCGAAAUGAAUACCACAGAUUUUUCAGAAUGUAACAUAAGAGAAACUGAAACACAAGAACAGGAGGCAGAAAUUAAACAUGAAAAUCAAGAUAAUGGAAACAAUGUGAAAAACAAAACAGCCAAGUUACUUGAGAACAAAGCAAACAACUUUGAUUAUUUAUGUAUUCAUAAAGGAUUUUAUUUGUGUUUAGAUUGUAAAAUGAAGUGGUGCGACGAAUGUUUAUUUUUUAAACAUAUUUGGGAAAAACAUGCUCAUAGUGAAGGCUUUCAAUGCUGCCCAUCAGGAUAUAGCUUGAAGUGUGAGAACUUAAUCCACAUUUUAAAAAAACUCUAUUUACAUUGCCAAGAAUCUUUGUCUGAAGCUGCUAGGAUACAUCUCCAGUUCCCUCCCCUUAACCCUCCACAGACUGGCUCAACUAGGCCAAGUCAUGUUCAGCUGGCUGCUAACACCACUGAAAGCUCUCAUGUGCCUGACCUACGGCUGCCGGACCAAAUUAAUCAAAAUACCCCCUCACCUGUGUCAACAACUGCUGUUUGCAGUAGGACUAUGUCACCAGCUUAUCAAAGCAGCAGAUCCACAACUGACAGUCCAUUUUCUAGUAAUAACAGUGAAGCUUUUUUUUAUCAGUGUGGUUUUCAUAAUUGCCUGUUUUCUAGUCUGCAACCUGUAGAUCUACUUAUUCACAGUGAGGAAAAACAUGGCUCAGAGUUGACAUUUCCCUGUUUAUAUUGUGGUUAUCUAGGCCAAACUGGCAGUUUGUUGUUAGAUCACAUGAGCCAACACAUUGGACUGGAUGAUGAUAGUGUCUUUGCUUGUUCAAUGCUGGAGAACUCGCUGGUUCUAGCUAACUAUGCUAGGCAAGAUGUUAAGCUUGUCACUGCUGGAUUUGAAGAGAUCAUGUCUAAAAAGGCAGAUAUCUCGCAAAUCAGAUUUAUAUGUAACACUUGUCAAACCCAGUUUGAGAAACUUAUAGAUCUUAAAGAACACUUGCAUAAUUUCCUUCUAAAAGUUAUAAAAUGCAAGCAUUGUAGAAGUUACUUUUUGAAUUCCAUUUCCUGGCAGAAGCACCAAGCACAGGAGCACCCAAAUGAACCACGGUUGUACUGCAUUAAUAGAAAGCUGCUUUGUGAUGAUCGUAAAAAAUACAAGGAGGAUUUCAAACAAAUUAGUGACAGAAGAAUAUUGUUUAGGAGAAUGUCUAAUUUUGAAAAAGAUGUUGCACUAGCAAGUAAUGGAGAGAGAGAAGAGCUGCCUAGUCAGCGUGCAAUGGAUCCAUCAAAUACUUGUGAAGACAAGGAAGUUCCACAAUCCCUGGCAAACGUACACAAUGAAAGUGCAGAAUCACGUGCUGUUUCCGAACCCCCAGUCAAUGAAACCUCUCGACCAGAGUGUGUUGAUUCUUUGCCAGCCAAUGGUAUUGAACCUAAGCAACUAUUUCAGCUCAAAGAUGAUGAACCUUGUAAAGCAGAAAAUGAAGAGUCUUCUAAUGCACAAAGUACGGAAUCAUUGCAGUCUGAUGCUGGGGAACAGUUGCAACCUAGAGCUUCUAAAGCUCCAAACAACAGGCCUUCUCAUGCAAUGUGUAGUGAGCAAUCACACCCAGAUGGCAGUGAACAAUAUGUUCUUUCUCAAUCACCUGUUUGUGAGGACACAGGACGUAUUCAAUCACCUAGUUGUGGGGACACAGGACGUACUGAAUCACCAGUUUGUGAGGACACAGGACGUAUUCAAUCACCUAGUUGUGAGGACACAAGACUUCCUCAAUUACCAGUUUGUGAAGACACAGCACACAUUCAUUCACCAGUUUGUGAGGACACAGGACCUACUGAAUCACCAGUUUGCAAGGACACAGGACGUACUGAAUCACCUAGUUGUGAGGACACAAGACGUACUGAAUCACCAGUUUCUGAGGACACAGGACAUACUGAAUCACCAGUUUGUGAGGACACAGGACAUACUGAAUCACCAGUUUGUGAGGACACAGGACAUACUGAAUCACCAGUUUGUGAGGACACAGGACAUACUGAAUCACCUGUUUGUGAGGACACAGGACGUAUUCCAUCACCUAGUUGUGAGGACACAAGACGUACUGAAUCACCAGUUGGUGAGGACACAGGACGUACUGAAUCACCUGUUUGUGAGGACACAGGACGUACUGAAUCACCUGUUUGUGAGGACACAGGACGUACUGAAUCACCUGUUUGUGUGGACACAGGACAACCCCAAUCUUCUGUUUUUGAGGACACAAGAUGUCUUCAAUCACCUGUAUGUGAAGACUCAGGACUUUCCCAAUCACCUGCUUGUGAGGACAGAGGACUUGCUCAGCCUCACAGAUCUGACCACCACAGCCUAGUCCAAGACACAUUUGACAGCUUGGAUCAUACUGAACAACAUGACAUGUUCAAAUCUGAACUUAGUGUUUCAACACCUAACUCAAAUUUAGCUUUGUUGGAAAGUGAAACCUCUAUUUCCAUGAAAGAAGUUUCUCCUUCGGUUGCUAAUGCUUCUGUUGCACAUGAGAAAUUUAACUCUACUGAAAACAAAUCUCAUACGAGUUGUAGAACUGAUUUACUAAAGAAUCCAGCAGACAUUGCAGUAGAAGCCGAGAGCAGUCCUAUAAACAAUAGUCAAACCUUUAAUACUGUUACACACAUCUCAUCUACGGGCUCUGCCACUAUCAAAGACUUGCAUGAAAAUGUUAUGACUAACUGUGCUGAAAAGUUUCCACAAUUAGAAGACAACAAUCUCACAGAACUCUGCCAUGAUGUUAGUGAGAACACACUUUUACCCAGAGAAACCAGCAGUCAACAUAAUGACACACAUGCCACAAACACAUCAACUCCCAUCUACAAGAAAUUGCUUCACGUGCUGGAUAAUCCCAAGCUGUGCCCACUACUGGAGCCUCUGUAUGAUAAAUCUGUGGCAUCAUAUACUUGUAAGAAGUGCCAGAAACAUUUCAACCAGUUGAAAAGGAUCCACAGCCAUGUCUUCCUCUGUCUGGGAAAGAUGGGCGUAACAUUUUGUCCUGUUUGCUUGUUCCAGGGAGAAAACAUGUCCCUAACUGUCAAACAUAAAGAAAAGGCUCACCCUGAUGAAAACAGCAAAUUCAUUGGGUAUCGCAAUAUUAAAAUUGCUGAACUGAUAGAAAAGCUGAGCUCAAACACAGUUACCACAGAAACAUUUGUAGAUCUUUGUGCGCCAUUUCUCCUCUCAGAUCAGACUCUUUUAAGUGGUAGAGGAUCAAAUUUACAAGCAGAUCCAACCUCACAGCUUCUGAAUCAAGGACCUUCCACUCCAACCAACAGUCAAGAACCUCCUACUCUAACAACCCACAGCCAAGAAUCUUUCUCUUCCACUCCUAGUAAAGCUUUGAAUCAAGAAUCAACACCACCUGCCAGCCAUUCAGCUUUUGUAUACGACAGUGUCACUUCUGAGGAAAAAAAGGUUCAUACUCAUGAAAAAGACGUUAAAACUAGUACUAGUCAAGUAGAACAGCCAUAUUCAUCCACUGGAAAGCACAAAGUUGUUGCUUUGCAUUCUAAUAAUCUGAAAGAAAAGCCAGUUGACGGUAUUGUUGAUGCAACACCAGUUUCAACAAAUAAUAAAAGAAGUUCUGAAACAGAGGCAAGUGAAAAAAUAGUAACUAAAAAAAGAAAGAAGUCCCCGCCAGGUGAAAAAAACUCAAUAACUUGUCAUUCUGUAGAGAAUGCCACCAACCAAUCAAAUCCAGCAGACAGCAUUAGUCUAUAUGAAAAAGUAAGCACAGCUAAGUCCUACACCUGCACCCACCCUAAAUGUGGUUUUAUCACUACGUGGGAUGAAGCUGCCAUGUUGUUGCAUUGGGAAAAAACUCAUCUUCAUCUUCAGUGUGGCUACUGUAAGGCAGUCUAUUUUAAUAAAUUACAUUUAGAUAAUCAUUUAAAGUUUGUUCAUAGAGGAAUGGAACCCAAGGUGUUGCAUUUUUUGGAACUUAAAUUUAUGUUUAAAGAGAUUAGUGAUAGCUCAGAUGAGAGUGAUGUAGUGGAAGAUGAUCCUGUUGAAAGUAUUGUUGAGGAUAUUGACAUACCAAAGCAAGAAGUUUCAGAUGAAGAAUAUCCCAAUCACUCCCAGGCUAAGUAUAGAAAGUGUAGCUCUUCAUCUGAUGCUGUUAAGCCAUCACUUUCAGAAGAAGUAACACAAAUAUGUGGAGCAGUGAAUUCAAAUAAUACUAGUAUGCCAACUAAGUUAAAGGAGAGUAAAAAAGAGAAAAAUGGAAGUGAUAAGUCACCAAAUGUUUUCAAUAGUUCAAACAAAAAUCAAACCUCUGUAUGUGCACAGAGGAUCAGAAAAUUUUAUAAAAAAAGAAACAUAUCACAACACACAAAUAACCUGAAUGAGGAUGACAAAUUUAGUCCAUCAGAAAUGGUCACCACACAUAUGUUCUCUUACCCUGAAGAGACUUCAGAUACAGAUUUCAUCAACCAAGACAUAACUAUAGCGGAUGCACCUGUGGCUUCUGCUUCUGUUGGAGUGAGCAGUCCUCCAAAAUGUCAUUUUUCUCGCAGUGGACAGUUGUUACCAGUAUCACAUGGAACUAGUAAAACUGAUGCAGUGCAAUCUUCUUUGCCAGUAUUAAAUGACAAAACUAGGAUUAAAGGUGAAGGUAAAUCUUCUUUACGAUUGCCAGAUGUCGUUACUAGUAGCUAUGAUGCAAUGCUAUUAUCAGAUGCCGCUGCUAGAAAAAUUGAUGCAAUAGCAACUCAUCCUUCUUCAUCUUUAUCAGAUGGUACUUCUGGUAAAAAUGGCGCUACUCAUCCUUUGUCUUUAUCAAAUGCGAAUGUUGAUAAAACAACUCAUCCUUCGUCUUUAUCAGAUGCGACUGUUGAUAAACAGACUCGUCCUUCUUCGCCUUUAUCAGCUGCUACUGCAGGUUUAAAUACUGCAACUCGUCCUUCGUCUUUAUCAGAUCUCACUUCUGGUAAAAAUGCCGCAACUCAUCCUUCAUCUUUAUCAGAUGUCACUGUUAGUAAAAAUGCCGCAAUUCAUUCUUCAUCUUUAUCUGAUGCUACUGCAGGUAAAAAUGCCGCAAUUCAUUCUUCAUCUUUAUCUGAUGCUACUGCAGGUAAAAAUGGCGCAACUCAUCCUUCAUCUUUAUCUGAUGCUACUGCAGGUAAAAAUGGCGCAACUCAUCCUUCAUCUUUAUCAGAUGCCACUACUAGUAAAAAUGAUGUGAAAACUGUUACAGCCCCUACUGUUAAACGCAAAAAACCAAGCACUAGUAGUUUUCCCUUCAAGUGUUGGAUGUGUAUAGGUGUAUACAUGAAAUCCGUGAAAGACAUGGAGGAUCAUUUUAAAUGGAUUCACCAAAAAGAACAAGCCAAGUUUAUUGAUAGGAGGUGUGGUCUUUUAUUUUCUUGUGAUGGAGAGCUACAAGGUGGUGACAAUGACAGUCUUUUGUUUUCAGAGACUCAUUUAUGUAAAUAUUGCCCUUUGAGAAGUGGAAGCAGAUCUGAUGUUGAAGCCCAUAUAAGAAUUGAACAUCCACUAUGCAGCCUGGUAGUUAUUUCGUUAAAGAAUCCUGCUUUAAGAUUAGUGAACACAGAUAGCGCUGAAACAUCUGAGAAUGUUGCUGUUAAAGUAGCAGCAGCAGCAAAAUCAAUUUUAUCAUUUUAUGACUGCAACAUCUGUGGAGAAGUAUUGAACAGCGAGUUUUUCUUUCGACUUCAUCUUGCUAAACAUGAGUGUUUCAAGCAUUUAACUGUACUGAACUCAACUGAUGGGCUGCUUGUAUGUCCCACGUGUGCCUACAUUGCCAGCAGCAACAGUGAUAUGGCACAGCAUACAGGAACACAUUUAGAUGAGAGGCGCUACAAGUGCUCACACUGUAACACAGACAGCCAUCAGAGAUGUGGGAUCAAUGCUCACAUCAAAAAGUGUCAUCCAGGCGAUGACAAGGUUACGGUUAUAGAUAGGAACAAACAGAUUAAUUUCUUACGGUUGAAGCCCACUUUGGUCAAUUUAGACCCUAAAGUUAAACUAGUCAAUCCAUUUCGACAACAUCCUAACUACCUGAUGAAUUUAUUGGUUGAAAAUGGUAUUAAAGUUCUUGAUGUCUCUGUCGAUAUUUGUACAACCAUACUAGCUAACAAUAAUGAUGAGAAGUAUUUCUGUGUUAAACCAAUUAACUAAAACAAGUGGAAUUAAGAGACUAAUGUGUUCAAAAACAUUAUGCAUUUACAUAAUUUAAUGGGGCAUUUCACUAUUUCAAUCUAAAGAUUCUUAGAUGGUUUUUAUUAGCUCUGUUCUAUUUCUUAAGGCAAAUUUUUUACUAUUUUCUAUUGUAACUUUUAUUUAACACAAGUUGUUUUUAAAAUGCUUGGUAAAUUCUAUAUGUUGUUUCUACCUAACAAAAAACAGCUGAUAAGGUAUUUUAGUAUCACAAUGCU